GCUCUCUUUGGUGAGCAGAAAUCAUGGUACAGUGGGAGCUCUCUGUACGUUAGCCGCCUCCCAGAUCCGGUUUUUCGCAUGGCGGGCGAUGUCCUCCGGAUUAUCAUAGCAACAUCUUACGGUUUCAGAGGCUCCGUGCGCAGGUUGCUGGUGGCUGACUAUACCUCACCUGUGACCGGUCGACCACCAUCUGCCGACAAACACUUCAGUGGGUGUGUGUCACUCUCUGGUUCUGUGUUUUGCUCUUACUGUAUGGAAGGAAGUGUGUGCUACUCAGGAUCUGCGAUGAGUAAAAAGCUGCUGGUGGAUGUGGACUGUGGGGUGGACGAUGCUCAGGCCAUCAUGCUGGCACUAGCCGCCCCGAACGUGAGGCUCCUGGGCAUCACCUGUGUGCACGGAAACACCAAUGUGGAGAACGUGUGUAAGAACACGCUGCGCGUUCUUAAAGCGUGUCACAGACUCGAGAUUCCGGUGUUCAAAGGCGCAGCCAAGCCGAUCCUAGGGAAUAUCCUCAAUGCAGGACAUUUCCACGGACAGGACGGACUGGGAGACGCCCCUGACCCCAAGGCUCCAGGUCUGGACCGGGUUCAGGCAGAGGGUGCGGUGUCAGCUAUGAUCAGGAUCGUCAAUGAAAACCCAGGAGAGGUGUGUCUGGUUGCCAUGGCGCCCCUCACCAAUCUGGCUCUGGCUGUGAGGAUGGAUCCGUCUCUACCGAGUAAACUGCGAGGACUGUUCAUCAUGGGAGGAAACACGGAAUCUCGAGGAAACACCACAGUGUGCAGCGAGUUCAAUUUCGCCGCUGAUCCAGAAGCUGCUUACAUCGUACUGAAUGAGUAUCAGUGUCCCACCUACUUGACAUGCUGGGAGUUCACCUGCAACAGCAAGCUGUCCUGGGAGUUCUGCGAAGCCUGGCUGGCACAGGACACGGAAAAGGCUCGCUUCAUGGCGCAGAUCUUCUGCUACAGCAUGGAGAUUUCAAAAAGCGACCUCUUCGAGAAGGAGUUUGUCGCCGGCUCCGGGUUCAUUUCCUGCGACUCGUACGCCAUGGCGGCCGCCGUGGACGAGUCCAUCAUAACGGAGAGCGACCAGUAUCCGGUCAGCGUAGAGCUGACGGGCACGCACACCAGAGGCAUGAUGGUCGUGGAUACGGUGGGCUUCCUGAAGAAGACUUUCAAGGCAGUUAUUAUUAAGAAGAUGGAUCUGGAGAAGUUCAAGCAGAUGAUGAUGGCUGCUUUGAAGUAACAAGAUCUAAUGUACUGUAAAGAACAAAUAGACUAAACAGACUGAAACCUGUCAUGCUGCACCACCUGAAGCUGCAAGCACUAAUUUGGUCUGACCGUCCACAAAUGUAUACUUCACUUUUUUCAAACCUGGAAAUCAGUAUUUUACGACAUUAAAAUUUUGAUAUAAAG